UUUCGAUAGAAUUGUGAGGUGAGCGACGGUAUCUGUCAAACUUGUGUUGGUGUUGGAGUUUUUCGUGCGUCGGCUUUCGAGUUUUUCGGCGACCGAAGCGAUUGAGACCAGGCUGGGAUGACCCUGACCCCGGUGACCUCCCGCCGCCGACCCUGCUGAGCCGCAGGUCCUCUCGGAGGUAGGGAGGAAUCCGUUUGGGCGGCGCAUGGAGGCGUGUAAUGAAGAGGGUGGUGACCAAGUCGCGUAGCACCGAGAGCAGCACGGCGGCGGCUGAGCGACUGGCCGACUACUCGUCCUGCCGGCCGACGGACGCGGCGGCCGAGCUUCCGAACGCCGCCGCCGCCUCGUUCAGCGACCUCGACAUAGGCGGCUCGUCGGCCCACCCUCAGCGCCUCGGCGCCCCCCUGCCCCCAACCCCCGAGCCGCCUCCCAGUACCCUCCUCGUCUCCGCCCCCGCCUUCGACAUGCCCGAGGUCGCCGACCUCCACCAGAGCCCCUCCCCCCUUUCCGCCAAGGACCACCUCAAGGAGAAAAAACUUUCGUCAGCGUCACUGGGCAGCGGGUCUGACGGAACGCGGCCUAAGGUGGUCACAGUCAAGCACCCCGAGUCCAACAAGCCAAAGCCCACUGUCAAGAAGAACAAACCCAUCCAGGCUGACUUGGACGUGGCAAAGGAGUUUGUCAAGUGCCGCGAGGAGGGCUCAAGGAGACUCGACCUCAGCAAAUCUAGCAUCACCCACCUGCCGGGCAGCGUCCGCGAUCUCACUCACCUCACAGAGUUUUACCUGUACGGCAACAAACUGGCGACGCUGCCCCUGGAAAUAGGCUGCCUGGUGAACCUGCAAACCCUGGCCCUGAGUGAAAACUCGCUCACCUCCCUGCCCGACUCGCUCGUCAACCUCAAGCUGCUGCGGGUCCUCGAUCUCAGACACAACAAGCUCAGCGAGAUUCCCGACGUUGUGUACAAGUUGACCUCGCUGACCACCCUAUUCCUGCGUUUCAACCGAGUCAAAUUUGUCGGCGACGAAAUCAGAAAUUUGAAGCAACUGACCAUGCUAAGUCUUCGGGAGAACAAAAUCAAGGAGCUGCCGGCGGGCAUCGGCGAGCUGGUGCACCUGGUGACCUUUGACGUGUCGCACAACCACCUUGAGCACCUCCCUGAGGAAAUCGGCAACUGUGACCAGCUGCUGACCCUUGACCUGCAGCACAACGAGCUGCUCGACAUUCCCGACUCGAUCGGAAACCUCAAAGCCCUUACUAGACUUGGGCUAAGGUACAACCGGCUGACAGGGGUGCCCAAGACGCUGAGCAACUGCUCGCAGAUGGACGAGUUCAACGUGGAGGGCAACGCCAUCUCGCACCUGCCCGAGGGGCUGCUGUCCAGCCUGAGCAACCUGACCAGCAUCACCCUGUCGAGGAACUCGUUCAACUCGUACCCUGCCGGCGGCCCUGCCCAGUUCAUCAACGUCUACUCCAUCAACCUGGAGCACAACGCCAUCGACAAGAUUCCCUACGCCAUCUUCUCCAGGGCCAAGAACCUGGCCAAACUCAACAUGAAGGAGAACCAGCUCACCGCCCUCCCGCUAGACGUGGGCACCUGGCUGAGCAUGGUCGAGCUCAACUUAGGCACUAAUCAAUUAAGCAAGAUUCCGGACGACAUCCAGUGUCUGCAGAGCCUGGAGGUGCUCAUUUUGUCCAACAACCUGCUGAAGCGCAUUCCUUCGAGCAUUGGCAACCUGCGCAAGCUGCGGGUGCUUGACCUAGAGGAGAACAAGCUCGAGACGCUGCCCAACGAGAUCGGCUUCUUGCGCGACCUCCACAAACUCGUCGUUCAGUCCAACCAGCUGCAGAGCCUACCCAGGGCCAUCGGGCACCUGACAAACCUGACGUACCUGAGCGUGGGCGAAAACUGCGUGUCGGUGCUGCCGGAGGAAAUCGGCACUCUGGAGAACCUCGAAUCUCUGUACAUCAACGACAACCCAAAUUUGCACAACCUGCCGUUCGAGUUGGCGCUGUGCACCAACCUGCAGAUCAUGAGCAUCGAGAACUGCCCCCUCACGCACAUCCCUUCCGAAAUCGUCGCGGGCGGACCCUCCCUCGUCAUCCAGUUUCUCAAGAUGCAGGGCCCGUACCGGUCCAUGUGAGCAGCCAGUCGCGUGGUGAGGCCACCUUGAAGAAAACUGAGGCGCUUUCCGAUCUCGUUCCGUGUCCGAGUGCGCCAGGCGAAAAUUGAGACAACUCGAAAGAAAUAUUCUAUGUUUUUAAUCUGAAAACGAAAUAUUUAAAUAAUUGUUUUUCGUUCAAGUUUUUCCUGUCAGAAAAAUAACUCGAGAAUUUAAUGUUUUAAGUGUAAUGCUUAAAAGAAAAAAAGUUUAAAACGUAGUUUAUUAUGUCCAAGAUAUGUUUGUGAAUUAGACCUUUGCCAGAUCUGCAUUUGAAUUAACUUUUUUGUUUAAGUUGCAAGUGAAAUUGAGUUUUCAUUCCAAAUCCUUUGGACCAGUCACACUUGAGUUCGUAACAAAGUGAGGCCUAAAUAUUCUGGCAAAAAAUUUGUAGUCAAGUUUGAAUUGCACAAUAAUGAUUGUCAGUGUCAGU